CCGCGUACAACUUUGAAGCAGAUGGGCCCUUACAAGUGUGCAAAGACGCAGGAUACGCUGCGCUCUUUGCCGACUUCAGCGGGCACGGGCCGCAGGACGGUUCAAUUGGGACGGUUCGAUCGCACUGCAAGUCCCUGUGGUGCACACUUUACCUUUGAGAGCAGCAGAAAAGCAAAGCAAAGCACCCGUACACACACAUCUACCACCCUGCGUUUCACAUCAAGCUGCAAACACUCAUCCAACGCAACGCCAACAGGUGCGUCCAACCCGAAAGCUGAUGGGAACAAAACGGGUUUGCCUUCCUCACACCACAGGGGCUUCGCUUGCUCUUCUGCUACGUAAGCGUCAGCCGUCCGAUGAGAAAAACAAUACCGACGCCCAAAUAUGAGCCGGUGAGAAAAGCAAUAUCGUCGCACUUCCCUCGCACAGUCAUGACAUCCUAUGGCGCUCCUCGCGCUCGAAACUCAGGCAAUAUAUGAGCCUCUAUGAAAAUCGAUAAAGGCAGCCACGCACAUGCAAUGUAGACAGUCGCACAUGUAGACAAACAAACAAGCCCUCGCGGGGGAGAGAUGCGAUAGAUAGGUAGAGAGUCGCCUUCGUGCCGAUCGGCGUCAGAAGGCAGGCAGAGGAAGUGAGUCAUCGAUACACAGAUGCUGCACGCAGGUAGUCAGACACUUGGCCAGUCAAGCCUGCACACCCCUACACGCAGACACACACAGGCAGAUGGAGGCGUGCCGCACACUCACCACCCUCCCUCCUGUCUCACCUCAAGUGCUGCCGCCCGGGAGAGCCUCAUCAACUAACAGGCCGUUGGUGUCGUCUGUUGGUGGUGGCGCUGCUGACUCGAACCUGACGUCAGCGAAGCCGAGAUCAGGUGACACCGUGCUGGAGGUGUAGUAUUCCCCAUAGCCGGCCUCGUAUGGCUCGUAGGUGGUGCUGGUGUCGGUGCCAUAGCCAGCUUCAUCGUAUGGCUCGUAGGUGGUGCUGGUGUCGGUGCCAUAGCCAGCUUCAUUGUAUGGCUCGUAGGUGGUGGUGACGGGACCGACUUGGAGGCCUCGCAAAGAUGGAGCCUGCAAGGGAACGGCAUAUGAACGGCACACCCAAUGAGACACGAAGAGCCACGCAUGUGGCGCAUUCAUGGCACAAGAUUUGCUGACGCAUCACCUGCAUGUCGUCUGCGGCAGCUAGGGGGGUGAGGACGGCCACGAGGCAGAGGGCCACGCACACGAACAUCGACACGCCGGACAUGGUGGAGAGCUUCGAGGGACGAUUGGUCUCAAGACAGACACCUGCACACAGCCACAGCGACUCUGCAGCUGUCGUGAG